UAUCUCGAGGGAGACAGAAAUCAGAAAGCUCCCCGACAAUCAGCAGCUCACUUCUUGCUCAAGAAAUUUCUUCAAAUUUUAAACAUUUCCACGCAGUUCACAUCGACAAAAAACGUCUCCUGAAAACUGGCGAGGAGCCUGAAACGUACGAUUCGACGAGGGACAAAUUUGUUACUCCGGAACACACGGUGCACCCCCAAAUUUUUAAAAAAACGAGCCAUUGAGAAAGAGAUUGUUAGGGGGGAAACUUCCGAGCAGAACGAGACGUUAAGGGAUGGAGGUCAACCAGAAAUUGGUCACACGACAAAAAGCGCUCGCCCCCACAAUGGAGAAAGGGGACCGUUUUCUUCCUCACUCCGUCCAACCACGUCCCACACCACGUGACGAUGACGACGUGCAGUCCCCUUCAGCCAAGAAAUCAGCUUCAGUUGGCAGAAAUGGCGUGGGGCCUGGUCGUCACGUGGUGGAGAAAAUAUUUCCAUGCAAAAUAUGCCUGCGUCCCUUCACCAGCAAAACAAGUGCUCACCUCCACGCCCGCACCCACUUCAACCGCGACGAGCUGGAGCGGUCCUCACUUUUCCAUGAGAAGUGCCCCCACUGCGCAAAAGCAUUUUUCACUCGUCGCCACUUUACCGACCAUCUCUUCGUCCACCUGAGUCCUGAGGAGCGCGCGGAGGUGCGGCAGGGCUGGCGACACGGCUGUUACUUCUGCAGCAAACGGUUCGAAGCUCCGUCCCAACUUGGUCGUCAUGUUGUGACCCACACGAAGGAAAAAUUGGGCGGAAGAUGUCACCCGUGUCGAAAAACGUUGUCCUCCCAACAAGAUCUGGCCAGACAUCGGUUCCUCCAUCUCUCCGAAGACGAGAAGGUCACCCUCGUGAAGCAAGGUUCGGGUCGAGUCUGCCUCUUUUGUCAGAAGAAAUUUCGCGAUAACGCAACUUAUCAUCGCCACCUGGACUCCCACACGAAGGAGAAACCUUUCCCCUGCGACCAAUGUGGGGCGCUGUUUGGUCGUAAUUCUGACUUAAAAUUGCACAAGCGGAUUCAUACUUCGAACCCAAAACCGUUCAAAUGCGACGAAUGCGACCAAGUGUUCAGUCAAAAACAAAGUCUGACCAGACACAAGAAGAUAGUUCACCGGAAGCUGAAGGACAUCGCGUGUCCCGAGUGCCCCAAGAUGUUCGGGAGGAAGGGUGUCAUGAUGCAGCAUGUGAACAGGGUUCAUGCCAAAAUCCGGCUCCCUUGCCCCCACUGAGGGAGGACGUUCAAGAGCAAAUAUUAUCUUGGGAGGCAUUUGAGAAGUUUCAUCCCUCAGCAGAUUAACGUAAACGCAUGAAAUGUUUUACAGGUUUUGUAUAACUUUAUUUUCCCGAUUUGAUAAAAGUCGCAUAAGGGAUUGUCUAUAUAUUACGGCAUCAUUUUCAAGACGGGAGGAUAAGAAAUUUUAACUAAAUUAAAUUAUUGAGUUGUAAAGAUUACAUAUUUUUUUGUUACCUUUUGAGGAUUUUUAUGUAGUAAAGUUAAUCUAUUUUAUGUAAAUCUCUGCAAAGCAAAUGCAGGGAUGGAACAGGGACGACGACGUAUUUCAUCGUGACGAGAAGAAGGCUCAAUUUUUGCAUCUUACUUAAAUCGUGCAGGGCUCAGGUUGCAUAUCUAAACGGACGAAGGUGAACUAAUAGUUCUGCAGAAAGUCUCAAUUUACAAAUAUCGCGAACCACAAUAAUUAUGAUUUGCGGAUAUUUGCCCCCCAUUAUAACCUACCCAUGAAAUGCUACCCGAGAUGAUCUGCCCCCCAUUAUAUCCUACCCCACCAAUUUUCACUUUCUUCCUGCAAAUUAAAUCAAAAUAGAUACCCCGUUUUGCGUCGUAGUGCAACAUAACUGUUACUGUUUAUUAACGCAAAAUUAGUCAAAUAAUAAAUUCUAUAAUCAACACAU